CACCCAUUUCAGACAAAAGAGAAAUCACAUUAAAAGUAUUGAGUUUAAACCUUUUUCUUAUCACCUGCCGGAGAAAACGAGGAGGCAUGGAGAUUUCGAGACCGGAACAUGUUUCCUCGACGCACAAGCGUCUAAACGUGAGUUUCAUCGUAUCUCUUAUGGUACUUUGUGCUAGACAAGCAAGCCGAGUCUCCAAGAAGCUUAAACUCAAGCCAACUCGGAAGUCAACUCAUCUCGAGGACCAUCUCGAGAGUCCGAACUCCGGCAAAAACCCCGGCGUGGGAGAAAGGUUUGGAUGGAGUCCGGCGAGGGCUUUUUCGCCGAUGAGAGCACGUCCAAAGGAGCUUUUUACGACUUUGAGCAACAAGGCCAAGACUAUGGUUGGCCGGAAAAAUAAAGCUUACGACGUCGGAGGUACACCGGCCAAGAAAAAGACGGCGGUGGAGAUGGUGCUGGAGGAGGAAGAGGAGGAGUUUGGCAUUUGGCAGAGAGAGAUUUUGAUGGGAGGCAAGUGUGAGCCGUUGGAUCAUUCAGGCGUGAUCUACUAUGAUUGCAGUGGACAUCAGCUAAAGGAACUGCCUCCGAGGUCGCCACGUGCCAAUUUGGUGCCGGAUCGCCCGACCCGUUCGUAUGUCGGGUCGAUGUUGAAUCCGACGGGAAAGGAAAUGUAAAUUUAGUUUGAGAAUAUGAUAUGAUUUUCUGUUUGGUGUGCUAUGCGGUGAGUAGUAACUAAAUUCUCUAGAUGUUUCGUUCUUGAGUUCUUCGCUUGUUAUUGGUAGAUGAUAUCACAAAUUUUAUGCAUAUUGUUGUGUAAUCUAAGUACGUUUGGAAAAUUAAAAAGUUUAGUGAAAAAUCAAAUACAAUAAAGGGCAAGUUUAUUUA